AUGCUGCUGCUUGUGCUGGAAGUGAAUGUUUUAAAAGCAAGGCUUCGUCAGUUGGAAGGCCAGGUCACUCAUAUUCCUCAGCAACAACCGCUGCUGCCCGGAGGCCACCCGCACUCCCACCCGGCUAACGCUAAUUCGACGAAUACCGACCCGCCGUCGCUGACUGAACCUCAAGAUAAUCACCUGCCGAGAACGCUGCUGCUCGAUACGAUAAACUUUCAUGAUGGCUAUACUCUGGUGUACGACUACGAGCCGGUGAGACGACGCCAUUAUAGCCCUCUUCAGUGGAUCUCGUUGAUCAAAGUCGACCUGAGCUUGGCGAAGUUAUGGGAUUUCAUCACCAUGCUUAUUCCCCCGCCGAUGCAGCGGCUUAGGCAACCGCCGAUCAUCAAGGAUAACCGCGACGAGCUGCUAUUCCACGCGAAGACUCAGGACGAAGUGGGGCUAAGCGACGUCGAACCGUUCUCGCAAAGAGCGUGCGGCACCGAUGAAGCGCAAGUGUACCGUGAUAAGUUAAGGGAAAAGGCACGAAUGAUGGGUAUUUCCUUUUUCGAAAACGGCUUUGAUACUGAAUUGUCAUUGCUUGAUAAGAUCCAAUUAGUGAUGCCCCGACGUCGUGUGGUGUGGCUCUUGUAUAAACGAUGGUUCCGCAGUCUCUAUGUCCACGUCCCCAUUGUCGAUGAGCUUGCGUUAAAGGCAGAAUUGGAACGACUCAUUGGUCCCGAAUCGGAAGUGGAUGAAUAUAUUGGCAAAAUCACCGCUGAAAAACGACUUGACUUUGUAUUUUUGGGCCAAUUCCUCCUCAUAUUGAGAAUGGCCUACCUCUCGUUAUUCACUAACAGUAUGACCACUUACGAAGGGCUGUCCACUCAGGACUUGGAAUAUCUUUUGGCCAACCCCGUCGACAUCGAUGCCGCCCAAAUCGCCGACCAGUGCCUCAGCCAGUUUAAUGUCGCCCGUGCCAUCAACUUUAAUAUCCUCCAAUUGGCAAUGUUGAUGCGUUAUUACCGUAUCUACGCUCCCGAAGAAGGUGACGGCGUCGACGGUGGGGAACUGCCAGUACUGAUAGCCAUGCUUGUCCAAAUGGCUAGAGGUUUGGGUUUACACCGAGACAUCGAGAUGCUCCCGGAUAACCCCCUCGGACCCCGUAAAGUCCAUUUGGGACGCAAAUUAUGGUGGUGUCUUGUCGUUCUCGACUAUAACUUACGUCUUCAGGACGGGACCCCGUGUCAAGUGAGCCCUGAGUCUUUCGAUACUAAAGUGCCCUGGUACACCGCCGAACUGAAAAAUUGUGUCAACGCUGACUUGGAGAAAGCCGCCAUCGGGUGUAUCGCUGAUUUCAGUGCGGUGAUGAUCCACAUCUAUGAAGUGGUGGGGAUGAUUUCUCGAGUUAAAGGCAAUGUCCACGUCCACGAAUUGAGAGAUAAACUCCUUAUGCUUCAAAAACAUGUCGAUCUGCAGUGGUUCCUGAUCCAGUUCCUGUUAUCGCUGCAAUUAUACGAUAACUCUUUAUCCCUUGAAAAGACAUUUAUGAAAGUUUUGGGCAUUGGCGUCUACUUCAACAACACCUACUUACUCGCGUCAGUGUGGUUUGUCCUUUUCAACUACUACGAGCUGCGAUGCAAUAACGAAGUUGCUUAUUGGCACUUACGCGAAGUGAUUCAAAAAGUAGUAUGUGACAUGAUGCCCUUUUACGAUGGCGUGUUAAACCGAGCCACGGAGAUCUUUAGCGAUACCACUGACUUAUUCGUCAUCCCGCUGUUUGAAAACAUCCACCACCAAGCAAUCAUGGUGCUUCUUUCGGUCUACGUGCGGCUCCAAUUCACCUACCGCCGGCUAUCAAGAAACGCUGACCACCAGCAACGCCUAGCUCAAGACUCGGCUUACCAACAACGGAUCCAGCUUCUAGAACUGACGCUGCUGCUUGUACGCCAGUGCUUCGACACGUUCUUGCGCCACAUCCUGAAGCUCGCCAACCGCUACUACUACGCGUGGAGAAUCUACCGGGGGCUGCAGAAGUUCGAGCAGGCGAUGGACAUGGACGUGUUCUACGAAAAGUACUUGGACAACGUUGAUUUCACCGAUUUCAAGUUCAGCAACGAGAUGCUCGAGGAGAUUAACCGUAUGCUUUCCGGAGUGAUGGAGAAGGUUAGCCGUCAACGAAAUGCGAAAAAAUCACGGCCAGAAAGACCGCUGCCAGUGGCCCUGCUGGCACUGCUGGAAGAGAGACAGCCGCUGGCAGAUACCGACCAGAUGUGGUACCACUUAUUACGGGAGAAAGAUGAACGCCGUAAUGCUCAGGCCAACUUCGACGAGUUUGCGCCCAUAGCCCAGUUACCCGAUAUCGAUUUGUUCAUCAACGGGUACGGCGUCGAUGCUGCUAGAGUCGAUUUAACCGAUGUCCUUGAACUUGACUUUGGUUUCACCUAA